UGUGAAGGAGGUCAACUGACACCGAAGCAACGUGAAGCAAUCGUUAAACAAAAUAAUAAAUUGCGUUCGCAACUGGUCCAUGGGAGGUUUAAGGACAAAUUUGGUGAAUUUAUGCCACGUGGCAAGAAUGUGUUGAAAAUGAGAUGGAGUUGUUCGUUGGAACAUUCCGCGCAAAAACGGGCAGAUAGAUGUGUCUCUGGAGACCCACCAAAAGAACAAAGAAAGGAUAUCGGUGAAAAUAUCUAUGAUUUCUGGUCUUCAGCAGGUGUUGAAGCUCUAAGAAGAUAUGCUGGUACAAAUGCUGGUAAAAAAUGGUGGUCAGAACUUUCGGAAUG